AUGCGCUUGAGAAUAGCAGCCAUCCAAUUGAACCCCCUUCUAGGGAGGUUCGAGGAAAAUGCUUGCACAGCUUUGAAACUCGUUGACCAGAUCAGAAGCAAGAAGCCCGACAUUGUCAUUUUUCCAGAGAUGGCUCUUACAGGAUACAACUUUUCCGGACCAAAGCAGAUCGAGCCGUACCUCGAGGAACAGGGAGGAGGAAGGUCCUUUGAAUUUGCAAGGAACGUUUCGCAGUCUCUUAAAUGUCAUACGGUUCUGGGGUAUCCAGAAAGACAUUUGUCCUCAACAUACAACUCAGCCAUGCUGAUAGGUCCGGACGGGUCUCUGGUUCAUAAUUAUAGAAAAUCAUUUCUAUACAAGACAGACGAGAUAUGGGGGGCAAAAGAGUCUCCCACGGGCUUUGAGGCCUUUGACAUUGAGAUAAACAACCGCAAAAUCAGAUCUACUAUUGGCAUAUGCAUGGAUCUAAACCCGUACAAGUUUGAAGCCCCAUUUGACGCAUUCGAGUUUGCCAAUUUUUGUUUUGAAAAACAAGUGCAACUUAUAUUAGUUCCAACCGCAUGGAUGAGCACGAGCUGGAGCGAAGACUGGAAGGACCAAGCUAAAUAUACAAAAUUAUUCGAGCAGCAGCUACCCUUCGAAAUCAAUAUCGAAAGCUCUGCCGCAAAUGACAGCAUAUUAUCCUCAUUGGAGGAGCCGUACGACCGCACAAAACCAGACAAGCGGACUGCGCAAUACUGGUUGAUACGGUUCCAGCCACUUUUCUUCAAGAAACACCAAAAGAUGGUUCUUGCAGUUUGCAACCGGUCCGGUGUGGAGGGGGAUCUCAUGUAUGCGGGAUCAUCCUCAAUUUUCCGCUUUAAUGGUAAAGUGUAUGAGGACGGGGUGGACCUGGAAGUGUUUGGCACGCUUGGACAGGGAGUAGAAGGUGUGCUGCUCAGGGACGUGGAAAUCUAG